AUGCUUUCUCGUGUCCUUCAUUACACAGCUGAUGCCAUUCUUAUUUCCACUGCACUCGCAGGUAUCAAGCGUAGCACGGGUCUCACCCCGGCAGUGAACAAGAUUGAACACGAAGAUGUACGAAGCUAUGCACAAAAGUAUCUCAACAUGGGCGAAUGGAUUAUGGAUAACAGCAUUGUGUUUAUGAGCAACUCGUCCUAUUUUGUUCGUAACAACGGCAACAACAAUGACCAUUGA